AUGUCGUCCAACAACACCUCGGCCAGUGUCUCCAUCGAUAAGUUCGAUGGGGACAACUACUCAACCUGGUGUCGCUACAUGCGCGGCGUGUUUCUGACGAAGUCAGUCUGGUACGUCGUGAACCGCGAAACGUCUCCAACCUUCACCGACACGCGAGCUUCCGACGAGUACGUCAAGGCGAGCAACAUCGCGUUCGGGUUGAUGUUGCUCCACAUGGACGCCGACUACCACCAUGUGGUCGACAACUGUGAAGAAGCAUGGACAGCGUGGUCGCGGUUGAAGAUGCUCUAUGGUGGGUCGCAGAAGGCGGGACGCAUCUACCUCAAGCGCCAGCUGUUCAGCAUCAAGAUGGCGGAAGGUGCCAACUUCUUGCACCAUUGCAACGAAGUCUUGAACAUCGGCGCCAAGCUCAGCAGCAUCGGUGCCAAGAUGGAAGACGAAGACAUUGCGAUCUGCUUGCUGCUCAGUCUCCCGAAGAGUUUCGAGAACGUGGUUCUGAACUUGGAGAUGAGCAAUGCAGAGCUGCGCACGCAAGAUGUGGUCAAGGUGCUGACUAACGAGCACAUCAAGCGACAAGGCGAGAAGAUGACAACGGCAACGACAACGGUGAAGACUGAAGAUGCGACAAAGGCAUUCAGUACCGAGCGCAAGCCCUACCAAUGCACAUACUGCGGCAAGGUGGGGCACACGGCAGAGCGUUGCUGGACGAAGCAAAAGGAUUAA